UCCCGGAAGUAAGCCCUCACCAAACCAAACAAAAUCAUGGCAGACUUUCUUGCAGAAAACGAACUAUUGACGCUAAGAAAUCGUUUUAAAAGGGAUGCCGAGUAUCUGCUUCAAGGGAUAUCUGAUGAUGGAGAGGAAAAGAGCAAAGAAGAAAAGGAUGCCAAACCACUGCCACGAAUUAACAAGCACUCUGUCUUCUGGAUCCUAGCAUCUGUGGGCUUGACCUACUAUGUGAAUUUCUUCAAUGUUGUCCUGGAGAACACAGAUAUUAAAAGCUGGUGGUUUAAUGUUGGGCUAGUGCUGCUGACUGUGUGCCUAGGCCUGGCUGGCUUCUGCAUCGUCUACCUGGAGUGGUGCAGGGGCAUCCAGCACUAUGACCAGGAGUACCCCGCCAUCCCUCCCAUCACCACCGCCGCCUUCAUAGCCGCCUCUUGCAGCUUUAAUAUAGCACUAUGGCCAGUGUGGUCAUUCUUCACUCCAGUCAUCCUCUUCACCCAGUUCAUGGGAGUUGUGAUGUUCAUCUCGCUCUUAGGAUAACACCAAAAAGAUACCAAGGAUGUCAAGACUUUGUAACUAACAACCACUUACAAGUAUUCAAAAGACUUUUUUUUAAACAGCAAACAACUGUUUACUAUUACUGCUUCAUGCGCUUCAAUGUUUUUGCCAUUGUUUUAAAUUAAGCUUUUUUAAAAACUGUCUUGUCCAAAAAUGGAAAUGUUUGUAAUUAACCAGUAAACUUGAAUUGUUUUUUGUAAAAUA